GGGGCGGGGCCAAUCCCAAGUGGUGGCGGCGACGCAGCUGGAUGGCAGGGGCAGCCCGGAGCUCCCCGCUCUCGCAUGGUAGGGAUUUACCAGCCAGGCUGAGGCUGCAUAGCAACAAUGGGUGAGGGUUUUUUCAUCCAUGGAGUCCUCUCCAUCUUAUUGCUUACUGUCUCCUGCCUGGCCCAUGAACUCCCCUUGUGUGAGAAGGAAGCUGAGUCCUGGGAAGCCAUAUUCAGUGAAGACCGCCUGGAUGCCUGGAUCUGUUCACUGAUUGGUUCAGUUAUGGUUGGACUGAGUGGAGUUUUUCCUCUGUUGAUCAUUCCUCUGGAGACCGGAGCAGCUCUGAAGUCGGAAGAGGGAUCCCGUCGACUGAAGCAACUCUUGAGCUUUGCUAUUGGGGGGCUCCUGGGAAAUGUGUUCCUGCACUUGCUCCCUGAGGCCUGGGCAUACACCUGCAGCGCCACUGCAGGAGGAGGGCAGAGCUUCCAGCAGCAGAAACUUCUAGGGCUCUGGGUGAUUGUUGGCUUGCUGACCUUCCUGAGUCUGCAGAAGAUGUUCCCAGAUAGUGAAAAGGAAGGAGAGUCCAGCCUGGUCAAUGACGCCCAAGUUCCCACCAAAAAGAUUCCAAAUGGGAGCAGCCUGUCUGUGCAGGAGGCAGCCAAUCCAAUCCAGAGAAAGAAGCCAGGCCCAGCUCAGUGCAAUGGUUCUUCUCAUGAAUCUUUACCAUCAGCCCCCAAAAUCAAGAUCAGUGGAUACCUCAAUCUCUUGGCCAACACAAUAGACAACUUCACUCACGGCCUAGCAGUGGCAGCCAGCUUUCUGGUUAGUAGAAAGGUUGGACUUCUGACUACCAUGGCGAUUCUCCUGCAUGAAAUACCCCAUGAGGUUGGGGAUUUUGCCAUCCUCCUUCGUGCUGGAUUUGAUCGCUGGAGUGCUGCCAAGUUGCAGCUCUCCACAGCCCUUGGGGGAGUUCUGGGAGCUUGCUUUGCAAUUUGUGCUCAGUCACCAAAAGGGACAGGGGAAACCAUCGCUUGGAUUCUCCCAUUUACCUCUGGGGGAUUUUUAUACAUUGCUUUGGUAAAUGUUGUGCCUGAUCUCUUAGAGGAGAAGAAUCCUUGGAAUUCGGUGCAACAAGUCCUCCUCCUGUGUACCGGCAUUCUUGUCAUGGUGCUUCUCUCGCUCACCAGUGAAUGAGUGGCUCUGGCUCAGACUUCCUUCUGCUGCACUUCAAGGCUGCCUUCGUUAUGAACUGUUACAAAGCAAUAAGGGACGCUGUUGGAUUUUUCUUCAUUGUGUGCCUGUGGAUCCGGCUGCUGCUAUAAAAGGGCGAAUAAGAGGAGCAUGGUUUUUAGGAUGAAAUGGUGGACUGUUGUUCUUGUUUUAAAAGCAUUAGAAUCCAGGACUUCCAAAGUUGUAAGAGAACCAAGUGAUCUGCUCGUUUGGAUUUUUUAAAAAUGUGUGUCUGUAUGUGUGUUUUUAUAAAAUAAUAAUUUAAACAGAAGAGAGAAAUUGCUGUUGGUGGCAUGGGCAACAUGGCCAAUCAGUCCAGAAUGCGUGCUUGAAUGGCUUGGGCAAAACUCCAGAGCUGAAUAAAAGGCAAGAUUGCAGCACCUGCAUAGAGCUGAAAGAAUUAUCUGGCUUUAGAGAUGCAGGAAAACGUGCUCCAAACAGCUGCAAAAUAUUUGAUAGUUGCAUGUAUGUUGGGAGGAAAAUAGGAAACUGCUUUCUACCUGGUCUGGCUCUAUUUGUCCUUCAAACCCAGAUAUUUGAAACUUUCACUGGCCAUGGUUGUCCAAGAUCUUGGGCAUCAAGAGAUCUUUCCCAUAACUCAGUGUUUCUCAACCUGGGGGUUGGGAUCCCUGGGGGGGGGGUCAUGAGGGUGUGUCAGAGGGGUCACCAAAGACCAUCAGAAAAAACAGUAUUAUCUGUUGGUCAUGAGGGUUCUGUGUGUGUGGGAAGUUUGGGCCAAUUCUCUCAUUGGUGGGGUUCAGAAUGCAAUUUGAUUGUAGGUGAACUAUAAAUCCCAGCAACUAAAACUCCCAAAUGCCAAGGUCUGUUUUCCCCAAAUUACACCAGUGUUCACAUUUGGGCAUAUUGAGUAUUCGUGCCAAGUCUGGUCCAGAUCCAUCAUAAUUUGAGUCCACAUUGUUCUCUGGAUGUAGGCGAACCACAACUCCCAAACUUGAGGUGAAUGUCCACUAGACCCUUCCAGUAUUUCCUGUUGGUCAUGGGAGUUCUUUGUACCAAGUUUGGUUCAAUUCCAUUGUUGGUGGAGUUCAAACUGCUUUUUUAUUGUAGGUUAACUAUAAAUCCCAGCAACGACAACUCCUGAAUGACAAAAUCUAUCUCCCUCCGCCACCCCACCAGUAUGCAAAUUUGGUCCAGUGAAUGAAAUUACAUCCUGCAUAUCAGGAUGCAAAAUACAUCCUGCAAAUUCACAGUUAUGAAGUAGCAACUAAAAUAAUUUUAUGGUUGGGAGUCACAACAACAUGAGGAACUGUAUUAAGGGGUCGUGGCAUUAGGAAGGUUGAGAACCACUGCCAUAACUGCUCCCUGGAUUCUAUUUCUUUGUGAAGAUAGGAAGGACUGAGCCCAUAUCCUUCUGUGUGCUUGGCAUACAUGCUGCUGUGGGGCCAUCCUCCAUCCCAAUAAAGUUAAUUUUCCAGGUCUUCUGAGAGAA